GAGAGAGAGAGAGAGAGGGUGGAGGGAGGCGGGCCGGAGAGGAGAGAGAGGUCUUGGCUCUUGUCUUGCUGAGGUUCUUUGAUUCAGUGGCAGUGGCUGAGACAACCCUGUUACCGGCCACUGUUAACCCGCCUCAAUCACACUCGAGAUCAACAUCUGAUGGUAAAGAAAAGACAGAUUUCCCCGGAGUACAUCGCGUCUUUUACGCACAGAAGCGAACUUUCAUUCAAGAAAACGGGCUCCUUGUUGGAUCAGAGAAGUCCGAAGAUGCAUUGCGCGUCUGCCGACUGCCAAAUCCGCCAGUCAAAGUCCGCGAGUGAGAGCUUGGCACAGACAGGAGUAGCUGAGGUGAAGAAACCCGCAAGAAGCUCCGCUCGGUAAGAAGUGGGAGAAAGAUAUUCAGAGGAACCGAAAACCCAGAAGAGCGUGGAGGCCAACAAACACCAGCGCGUCCUCAAAUGAUGGGGAUACAGCACCUUCUGCUUAUUUUGAUUUACUUAGACCCGCUGAAUGUCCUGUGCGCCGCCACCGCCAACAAAAAGAGCAAAAUCCCGCCGAAGAGGAACUCCAAGUUGAGGGAGGUCAACGGCAGCACCACCGCGGUCCCGGCGGCCGCGGCCGUCCCAGGGAAGAUCACCCAGGUCCAGGCUCCGUCCGUCGUCCAGCACGACACCUGCAUGGGCUACUACGACGUGAGCGGGCAGUACGACAAAGAGUUCGCCUGCAACAACACCGAUCACCGCUUCUGCUGCGGCAGCUGCUUCCUGCGCUUCUGCUGCGCGGACCGCGGCAAGCGGCUGGAGCAGAAGAGCUGCACCAACUACAACACCCCGGACUGGAUCAAAACCCAGCCCCCGUCACCGGCGCCAACAGGUGACACGUACGACCCCGAGCUGGACCAGACCAACACCACGGUGUACAUCACCUGCGGGGUCAUUGCGCUCAUCAUUGCCAUUGGGAUUUCUGCUAAAGUUGCCUAUGAUAAAGCCACCAAGCCCCCGCAGGAAAUGAAUGUGCACAGAGCCCUGGCAGACAUUCUGAGGCAACAAGGACCAGUUCCAAUAUCUCAGUAUGAACAUGAAAACAUUGCAGCGAUUGAUGGGUCCCCCAAAGACGACACGCCGGUCAGAACUUUGAAGAAUCACUACACUCCUGUUCACACAAAGGCAUCAAACCACGGGCAUUACGGAAAAGACACCCUGCGCAGUGGAGGCCAGGACAUGCACAACUUCAUCUCCUCUGGGUUCGUUACACUUGGACGUAGCCACUUGAAAGCGCAGCAGUCCAUAGACGAGUCGGGGCAGAUGUCCUGGCAGGGCGAUCUGGACAUCCCCAUAUCCUACGGAAACCACCACCUUGACUACCAGCAUAGCCACCUGGAUCUGACUGCGCUCACACCUAAAAUGGCCCACAGACAAAUGAGAUACGAGCGACCACAGCGGAUGAACAACAUCCUGACCUCGGCUACGGAGCCCUACGACCUGUCCCUCUCCAGAUCCUUCCAGAACCUGAGCCAUCUGCCGCCCUCCUACGAGCUGGCCCUCAAGUCUGACUUAAGUAAAUACUCUCUGCACAGAUUAAGUGAUAAAGACAUAGACGAUUAUUACACAAGGAAGCAUCAUCAUCCUGACUUUGGCGGUCGGGGACCAACCCACAUGGUGAAGCUGAAUACAGAACCCCAGCAGCACCACCAGCAGCGGCAGCGUCCCCGUCGGGUCCAGAGGGCCAUGUCCCAGGACCAUGUCCUGUCUCCUCCCAGGACGCCUCGACGUGGAGACUAUGGCUUAUCUUCAUACGGUGUGAUGGCGGCAGCAGCCUAUGGAAGCAGUCGCCACCUCUCAGAAGAGCAGCUACUUUCAGCGGAACGCCUACACUCCCAGGAUCCUUUGCUGUCUCCGGCGAUGAGGCGCGACAAGUUCCGGGAGAAGGCCAUGGCGCGGGCGUUGUCCCACGCCGACAUGCUGAUGCCCACCACGCCUGUCAUGGACCGCCACAAGAUGACCAAGAUGCACUCGCAACCCAGUGCCUCUAACGACUCCUACAACACGCUGACAGUCAACCACCAAGCGACCACAUCUAAACGGCAGGCGUUUGCUUCCCGACGAACACACACGGUGGACCACCUACAGUACAUUCCUGGCCACCACCACACAUACCGCACUGCCAGUAAGAACGAGGUAACUGUUUAACUGCAGAGUGGACGGAUUCCUGACACACAACCACAAACAUUUACAGAAAUCUACAAUAUCAGCAAGUCUCCUUGGUAAAACUGUUCGGUCUUCUCGUCAAAACAACCUCCUACAUUAAAAAAACUCUUCCUGCUUUUUAGCACAAGCUUUCUGUGUCAUGCAGAUUUUGGGUAACUAAAAUCCACCCUGGCAAAGACGUUUCUCUCUUAGAGCAUCAUAAGGGCUUUGCGCUUUGACACAAAGAUCCUUCAUGUCGGACGUUGUCGACAAUGUGAAGAAAUAUUUUUUAAACUGGACAUGAGACUGGAAGAGAAUUGUAUCAACUUUAUAAAUAUAUAAAUACACUAUAUUUACUAUUUGUAUUUUCAGUCCUUGUUAUAGCUUUAGAGAUUCUCAUUAACUGAUGUAAGCACUUCAAGUGGUGCCUCUUGAAAUUGUCCCAUUUCAAAGAUGAAGUGGAUUUGUGGGUUAAAAAGCACAAUUUAUGAAUUCCCUUUUUUUGGAUUAAGUUUUUCUCUUCUUCUUUGGUGAAUGGCCAGAACAUAUCAGCUUAUUAGUGAAAAGAGAAGCAAUUUCUGUUGCAUACAAUAGAUGAUUGUAAAUAGGCUAUAUUAGCAGCAUUUAACAAGAAAAGCUGGCCCUCUGGCAUCAUUAUUUUGUUUAAUUUCCCUCCCACCUGGAAUCUAUUAUGGAUUCCUAUUUAACAAUUUUGAUUUUAGAUAAGGCAAAGUCCCCAAAUUAGUAUUAUUUCCACAGAUGUCUGCAAAAUAUGUGGAUCUAAUAUGUAUAUGGGGAGUAUUUUUUUUCUUUUCUAACUGUGCUCGUAGCAUAGAAUGAUUGCGUGCGAAACAACCUUUUACCAGUGUCGAUUGGCAGCUUCAGUCUGCAGAUAUAAAUCCACAGGUGAAAAUGGAGCCUGAUGUUCAUUUGAAUUUGCUUAUUUUUCAUUCAUGCGUUCCCUUGCUUUGUCAUCCACGAAGAUGACCCUUCCCCUGCCUGUCCUGCUCGGUUUGUGACUGGCCAGCUGCUUCCAUCUCUACAUAUCAGGUAUUCAGUGUCUGGGAGCUUAUAGGUCAAGUUCUAGUUUUGUGUCGAUGUGAUGACUGAAACAAUCAGUGCUAAAGAGGACGUCAUAGUCGCUAGUCAAUCAAGCAUUAAUUAAACUGUGAAAUGUUUGUCCGGAUGUUUUCAUUAAAGCAAUGCCUUAUUGUAUGGAUCCCAUAUGCUCUUAAUUGAACAAUUAUGCUUUUGUCACGUCUUGUUGUCUUAGCUUUUUGUGCAAUAUAAUUGAUUAUAAUUUACCAGCAGAACCAGCAGUAAAAGCAUGUAGUGAUAGAGGAUACCGUACAUAUACCUCAAAAAGACUAAAUUCGAUUGAAGAGGUCUCAAACUUUAAACAAUCAUUAGGUACAAUAUUGUUCUUAUUCUUAUUGGAAAUUUGUUAAAGUAUGCACAUUACCUGAAUUAGCAUUGUUUAAGGUUUAUGGGCUCAUAAAUAUGUAAGUAUACAGUGCUUUUAUUUUCAGCUGUUCAAUCAGAUGAACUGGAGAGUAGAAGUCUUUACUAGUUCUCUUGGUUCUUAGUAAUGAGGAUCCAGUCCAGGAACUGUGCUGGACAUGGUCCAAAUAAUAUACAGUCCAAAUGAGUUGGAAGGAGCUUUGUUUUAUGGCUGCAAGUCUUGGAUCUGUUUCAAUGACCUGGUUUGCACUUGGAUUUAAAAAGCAUUACAGCGAUCCAAACACUGAGACUGCUGAGACAAAUCGCCCUUCACACCUUUGCCUAUCAGCCCCGUCCAAAGUGUCCAACUGACCACUUGUGCUCAGAUUAUUACCUACAUAACUUCUGCUAGAAAGUCAAAGGGCCGCAUGGACAGCUAUUAGGUGCCAGAUUUGUUUCCAAAAUGUUUCAAGGACUAAUAUAGAUGUACCUAUACUGGUGGGAUAAAAUCAUUCACAACUUGCAAAAGAUUGCAAGAUAACAACCACCACAUCCUGCAUUGAUGACGUAUUUCCUGUAUUUUACUGUAGGUCCUUAUCUGGGAUGCUUUAGGAUGUAUUACAAAAGAUAUGUGAUCAAAGCACAUCCCAGACCACCUAGGUUUGAGUGAUGAGAUUGCUAUACACCUUGAUUAUUUACACCUGUACUUUGCUCAGUGAUCUGAUAGCCCCAAGAUGCAUUUUAAAACCGAAUGCAAACAGAGUCAAUAUCGCACCACUUUCCAGCAAUGGAGGCUUGAUGGGCAUCGAACUGCGUAGUGUCAUAAUAGAGAAGUGAAGAAUCCUCUCCAUCAGGAAACCAGUGCUCGUUAGACCCUCCUACAACCACAAAUGGACAAAUGUUCUUUCUUGUGGGCUAUAUGCUCUUGAAUAUCAAAUUAAACAAACAUGGGGGAUCAGUUCUAUUAAAUUCCAUAAAAAAGUGUAAAAUAUGUUUUUAAAUAUGUUUGAGGAGAGAUAAAAGCCAUGCAGCUACUGAAUCUGUCUUCAUUCUCGCUUGAUAAUAACUAGUCUUAAAGUUUUUCAGGAGUUUCCAGAGGCGGCAAGUUGCGGUGGACUCCUCUGUUUUGCUUACACUAUCCUAGACCUUAACUUCACGCAAAUGAGAAGUGCUCAACGAGAAGCCCCACUUCUUGAAAUGCAACACAGCGCUACCAGAAUGAAUCACAUGGCUCCUUACAUAGACAAUGGAUUGGAAGCAUUGAGAUGACAGAUCCUAAGGACACGUACCAUUAGUGGUCCCAGAUGGGUUCACCACAGUGUGUCAUAAUCACAAGAAAAAUACAUUUUUGAGACAAAUUUCUUCCUCAGUGCAGAAAAUGUUAAUUGAAUCACUUUUCAAUUACAACUGCAAGUUAGUUGGUGGAGCAUCAUGCUAUUUCCAGACAAAGGAACUGUUUUGAAAGUAAGUCAUGUUGUAGCUGUGAAGUCCUCAUUCCAGGCAAUUAAGCAAAUAUGUCCAAUGUUCAGACAUUUUAAGAUAGUUAAAUCCCAAGUGAUGAGUAUUAUGUCCCAAGUCAACCCAUAUUUAGUUACAAAUUCUUAAGUUAGGACAAUGAAGAUUCAUGCUUCUUUAAAAAAAAAAGAAAAAAAAGCAAUUAUUUGAUUUAUUGAGUCAGUUUCCAAUGUGUCCAAAAUUUUGGAUCCAUGAAGACUUUAGCUGGAGAGUCCAUAAGCCUUCAAAAUAAGGGUUUACCGUUUGAAGGUCAAAAACAGUCCUCAGAACAAAGUUUCCCUAAAAUGCCAAGAAUUAUGAAGUUUGCAAAAACACUUAACAGAUUGACCUUAUUUUAGACAUCAGGAAAAUUGCUGUUUCUUUGUAUAUUGAAGUUGUCAGCCUCUGUAUAUAAAAACUUGAAUACAGUGUUACUUGUGGUUUGAACUGUGUAAUUUAAAUGGCAGGAAAGCAGUGUCUCAUUGCACAUAAACCUAUGACUAUGUUUAAAUACGCUCAUGUCUUGUUGCACGUUUUUCUUAAGUAGACUCCAUUUUUCAAUAACAACGAAUUCAUGAUUUAUCAGUUGACAUUGUAGGGGUAAAUGGAAAGUUGGCCAAAUGUAUCAAGAAAUGUAUUUCUUUAACUUGAUGUGCCACUUUACUUUUUUUUAUGCCAGGUCUGCAUUUAAUGAUGUCAAUUAGAGGUUGUCGUUUUUCCAGGAUUACUAUAUUUGUACAUGUGAUUUGUUUCUUUCUUUACUGGAGAGUGCUUGCAGAAAAUGAACAACAUUCGAUUGCUCUGGGUGAGGGAAGGGUGUUACCUGUUCAGUAGACUGCUUUAGACUGAUAUCUGUAUCCAUCCACCUCGCUAAACUAAUCUCACAAAACUUCUGCUCCUUCUUUUCACUUAAUUAAUAAUGAUGUCAUCCCAAGAGCCUUUUUCUCUAUGUGCAAUAUUUCCUGUUCAUGCAGUAUAACUCUAAAAGCCACUUACUCUUUUUAAAACGUUGUGAGGUUCAUUUGCUGCCAUAAAGCCUUUUGUUGUCCUUUUGAUUUUAGGAUUGUAUUGUCUUUCAUAGUCGAAGAGGCAUUUUUUAUAAUACAGAUAAAUGUGGUGUGAAUGGAAAAAGCUGUCUGUGUAAUUGCACAAAUAACUGGAGACUAAUUUAAAGGCUUCAAAACCACAAAAUAUGACUGUUCUUGAGCAUUUUUGUUUCUUUACAGAUUAUUAAAGCACAUCAUGUGUGUUGUAUAACA